AUGGGUCUACCAGCAGACACCAAUCGCCGCGUCAUGGAGGAUUGGCAUCUUGCAAUAGCGCUGACUAUCGCAUGGGACGCAGACUGGGACGAUUAUGACCGGUCCUUGCUCGAUCAUCGUCUGGAGAUACCAGAAAAUGCACCAAAAGAGCACAGGCUAAGGCUGGAGACGUAUAAUCAUAAAUAUAUCCGCUUCAGCGUGCUGCAGAAACGUGUCCUGGAGGACAAACUCCCUUCACCCUCUAUGUUUGGCAAGGCAGGCCCAGAAGGCUGGCGCAAGACGCAAUACACAGAUGUCCGUAUUCUAUGCCUUCGUCCUCCUGCAGCCAAGGGCCUUCCAUUGCGCAUGCUGCACAAUGUUUUCCGCCAGUUUACGCUAAACCUUCACAAGCCGCUUCCCAAGGGAUCAGCCACUGCAGACUCUGCUACUCGCGUCGCUGCGACUUUGUGCGCAGAGAUGGGAAAGGCAUUUGAUAACGAAACCCAACGCUCAGAGACAUUCGACACAUGUUUCUUCCCGCUGUUUUCGGAUGGGGAUAGGUGGAAAUUCGAACAUUUGGUGAAAGUGAAGCAUUCUGCAUUACCGGUACUCGUGAAGUUGGUCAAUGAACCCUAUGGUGAGGACGUGCACCGUCUGCUGGCACGCCACCACUUUGCGCCUUCCCUCUACGGUUAUGCACGCUAUGAAGGAGCUCCGUGUGCGUAUAUUAUGGAGUAUCUUCAAUCACUGACUUGGACCACCUUGUACAACUUUUCGCGCGGCAAUGCCUCCAACAAAGACAAGAGGGCCAUUCGGAGAUCGUUACAACAUCUAGUGGGGAUAUUGGAGGACAAUCAAGUCGUGCACGGUGAUCUAAGGCCUGUUAACAUCAUGCUGCAAGUCGAUGAUGAGCGCAAGCUAGUCAGAUCGAAGGGCCGUAAGAGUACUGCGAAGAUCAGGGUGGUCGACUUCGAUUGGGCGGGGAAAGCUGGGGAGGUGCUCUAUCCUGUGCUGCGUAAUCAGGACAUCGAUUGGCCUGGUAACUCUGAUGGACCAAUCGAGGGCGGGCACAACCGUCAACUGGUUAAGUCGUGGUUUUACGAAGCCUUUUCCCUUCCCUUCGACACCGUACCGCCCAAGAACGCCGAUCUCGAAGAUAGACGCCAUACCUGAACAAAGUCCUUUCUAUUACAGCUACCUUUGUAGGCACUCCGUUAAUCCUUUUAUCGAUUAUUUGCACACUUGACGGCAGCUUGCUAUACUGAGAGGUUAUUGAGUGAAAGGCACAACGCAUCCACUGGAUGAUCCGAGCCUAAUCGAUAUUGUCCAUGCAAACAAGUGGCCGUUCACAAUACACAAGCAUCGUCACACCGCGUGAGAUAGACAGUCCGAAUGUUCACCGUAAACCUCUCAAGCUACCGGCUUCGCGCCUGUCCUGGCGCUGUCGUAGUUCUCAUUGAACCAUUUCACCGUGUCAUUCAGGGCUGCGGAGAGCAUGCAUGAGCAUAAGGCACGACGCGUCAAAAGGGACCGGG